CGUUUUGGAGAUGGACUUUUUCUUGGCUCGCAGUCAGGCCUUGUAGCAUGGUUUAACGUAGAAGAAGAAGGUCUCCCAGUUGAUCUUUUUCAUCACCAGACCACUUCUAUACGUAGACUAGAGCACACGCGAGAUGGUGCUCGGCUCUUGGUUUGCUCUGAGUGGGGAGAGCCGGCCACUCUUGUUGCAAAUCUUCAGGAAACCUCUACUGAGACCUCUUCUAGCUCUGGUCUCACUCACUGGCAAGCCGUCACGGAUCAACAUAUGUGA